AUGGCUUCCUCCUCGAAACCCCCGAGCUCCCUGCUCUAUUCCUGCAUCGCACACCGCUCCACAAUUCUGGCCGAGCAUUCCUCUCCAGGAUCAUCAUCAACCUCCGCCUCCUCCCUCGCAUCCAUCAUCCUCCCCAAAAUCACCCACGACAAGCCACAGAAGUUAACAUUCACCCAUGAACGCCUGUUCAUCCACUACAUCGCCGACUCGCCAACCGGCGGGUCCCCAGACGAGCAAAGCGGACGUACCGAGCAAAACUCCUUCGCACCCAUAAGCUACAUAGUAGUAGCAUCCGCCGAACAAGGCCGCCGCAUCCCCUUCGCCUACCUCCUAGAAAUGAAACGGAAAUUCCUCUCCGCCUACCCACCCUCCAGCACAGAUUUCUCCUCGCUACCGGCAUACGGCUGCGCGGCAUUUAACACAGACCUCCGCGCCCUGCUCCAGACAUACAACACCGCUCCACCGGCAGACUCCCUCGCGUCUGCGCGCCUUGAGAUUGACAGCGUGCGCGACAUCAUGACGGAGAAUAUUGAACGUGUUUUGGAACGUGGCGAGCGCAUUGAUUUGCUGGUUGAUAAGACUGACCGACUGGGUGGGAGUGCGCACGAUUUCCGCAUCCGCAGUCGAGGCUUGCGUCGGCGCAUGUGGUGGAAGAAUAUCAAGCUGAUGGUGCUCCUCGGCUUUGUGGUGAUUUUCCUCCUGUACCUGUUUAUUGGGUUUGGAUGUGGAUUGCCAGCGUGGUCGAAGUGUGUCGGACGUAAGAACAGCGAGUGA